GGGGCGCUCAGUCUCCGGCGGGCGCUGCUGCGCUGUACCCGGAGUCCCGCUCCCGAGCCGGCAGGGGCCGCGCGCGGGACCAGCGUCGGAGCGCCCCGCCCCCGCCCCGCCGGGACAUUCCUGCAAGUGGCCGAACCAGCCGGACAAGGCCAACUCGCCACGGCUCCCGGCGACAGCAGGUGGCCCCGGACUUCCCGCCGUCGCCGCUGCCCCGGCGGGCCGCGCGCCCCGGAGCCGGCUGGGCUAUCCUCGCCGGGCGGGAUGGAGGCGGACGGGGACCCGGAGGAGCUGGCCCGCCUGCGCUCGGUCUUCGCUGCCUGCGACGCGAACCGCUCGGGGCGCCUAGAGCGCGAGGAGUUUGGCGCGCUGUGCGCGGAGCUGCGCGUGCGGCCGGCGGACGCCGAGGCCGUGUUCCAGCGGCUAGACGCUGACCGCGACGGCGCCAUCACCUUUCAGGAGUUCGCGCGCGGCUUCCGUGGGCUCCGCCGCGGGGGGCGGCGCCGAGGCUGGCCUUCCGGGGGGCCCUCGCCCGCCUCAGCCCAGGCGGGGCGUUUCCCCGAGGACAGCGAAGAGGACGAGGGCGACGGGGACGCGCUGGAAGCCCCCUGGGGUCGGGCCAGUCCCGGCCAGGCUUGGCAGGACUUCCAGGCGCGACUUGGAGACGAGGCCAAAUUCAUCCCCAGAAAAGAGCAAGUUAGUACCUUAUAUCUAAACAUCAACCUUGUGGAACCCAGACUAAUUCAGCCGUACGAACAUGUUAUAAGGAACUUUAUCCGCGAGAUCAAACUGCAGAGCACAGAAAUGGAAAACCUGGCCAUCGCGGUGAAGAGAGCCCAGGACAAGGCAGCCAUGCAGCUGAGUGAGCUGGAAGAGGAAAUGGAUCAGAGGAUUCAGGCGGCAGAACACAAGACGCGGAAAGACGAAAAACGUAAGGCUGAAGAAGCCCUCAGUGACCUCAGACGUCAGUAUGAAACAGAAGUAGGGGAUCUACAGGUGACAAUAAAGAAACUCAAAAAGCUAGAAGAACAGUCGAAACACAUAAGUCAAAAAGAAGAUGUCGCUGCAUUAAAAAAGCAAAUUUAUGAUUUAUCAAUGGAAAAUCAGAAAGUUAAGAAAGAUCUUUUAGAAGCACAGACAAACGUAGCCUUUCUUCAGAGUGAAUUAGAUGCUUUGAAAAGUGAUUAUGCCGAUCAGACUCUGAAUUCAGAAAGGGAUCUGGAAAUAAUCCGAGAGUACACAGAAGAUCGAAAUAGUCUUGAGAGGCAAAUUGAAAUACUCCAAUUUUGCAGAGUUUCACAAAUGGAAACAUCCAUAGAAGUCAGAGGUUCCAGCCUUUACCCAGAGCACCUCCCUGUGAAACCUUUCCUGUCAUCCCGCUCCUCCUAUGUGGAUGAGGACUGUGACUCGUUGGCCCUCUGUGACCCUAUGCAGAGGAUGAAUUAUGAGGUGGACAGCCUUCCCGAGAGCUGCUUUGACAGUGGCUUGUCUACCCUGAGAGACUCCAACGAAUAUGACUCGGAGGUGGAAUACAAGCACCAGAGGGGACUUCAGAAGUCACACGGCACGCAGGAGAGCUUUGGGGGUGAUACUUCAGACAUAGACGUUCCUGAUAUAAGGGAUGAAGAGACGUUUGGUGCAGAAGGUGUGGCUGCCAUCUUAGACUGGAAACCCCAGGGGUCUGCUAGUGAGGGCAGCACCGUCACUUCUUCAAGAAAGCCCAUCUCGGCUCUGUCACCACAGACAGACAUGGCGGAUGGCGACCCUAAAUCUUCCAGCUCACAGAGGGCUUACAAGAUUGUGCUCGCUGGGGAUGCCGCAGUGGGGAAGUCUAGUUUCCUCAUGAGACUCUGCAAGAAUGAAUUUCGAGGAAAUACAAGUGCCACGCUGGGAGUCGAUUUUCAGAUGAAAACUCUCAUUGUGGACGGAGAGCGGACAGUGCUGCAGCUCUGGGACACGGCCGGUCAGGAGAGAUUCAGGAGUAUCGCCAAGUCUUACUUCAGAAGAUCAGAUGGUGUUCUGCUGCUGUAUGACGUUACAUGCGAGAAAAGCUUUCUCAAUGUACGAGAAUGGGUGGACAUGAUUGAGGAUGCAACCCAGGAGAGCAUUCCUAUCAUGUUGGUAGGAAACAAGGCUGAUCUUCGUGAUGCUGCCACAGCAGAGGAACAGAAGUGUGUCCCAGGAUACUUGGGAGAGAAACUGGCCAUGACCUAUGGGGCAUUAUUCUGCGAGACCAGUGCCAAAGACGGCUCGAACAUAGUGGAAGCUGUUCUCCAUCUUGCUCGGGAAGUGAAAAAAAGAACGGAUGAAGAUGACAGCAAAUCCAUUACCAAUCUGACCGGGACCAGUUCCAAAAAGUCAACCCAGAUGAAGAACUGUUGCAGUAGUUAAAUCCCAGAUACCCUUGGCCUGUGGGGUCUUCAGUCCCAGAGUACUGAGUGCCUGUGACUUGUUUGCUCCUCACAGAGGGGGGCAUCCUCCAGACAGGGCCAGGUGGAAGGUUACAGUGUGGGAAUCCUUCUGGAGCCCUGGCUCUUUGCUGUGUUUCAGUCAAUGAUUGGGGCCCCCUGAUUAAAGGUACUUGUCUUGUCCUUCCAGAGUCUCAAAAGAUAACGUGUAAAAAAAUGGGAAAUCACAUGCUCAGAUCAAAUCUGUAGAAGAAACUCCCUGACAGAGUCACAUGGUAGCUGACUUCGUAGAUAACCUAGAACAUAUUUUUUUUCAAAUCUCUGAUACUAGAAUACUAGUAAAAGGGGAUUAUCAUCCUAACUUUGCUGGUAACUAGCCUGUGGCCUCAGACCUGUCAGCGGCCCAGGUUGGAUCUGUUUCCUCACCUGCAAAACAAGCAGCUUGGCCUUGCAGGCCUCAGCCUUUCGGAUUCUGUGCACCGUAAGGAGUGGGAAGCCCACAGUUAAUAAGGACUCUGGUUAGUCGUACUUUUUAAAUAUUGGGGUAUUGAUUUUUCUCAUUUCUGAAAUAACAGCGUUUAAUUGAGAAAAAAUGGUGAUGUUGUAGGCUCCAGUGGAGACAGAAAAAUCUAUUUUUUUUAUGUACAAAGGAAAAACAUUUUUGUGACAAUAAGUUAGAAAAAAAAAAACCCAAAGUACUGACAUCUCAACAAAGUCCAUGGUUUAAAUUCCAUGUUAAAAAUUCUAAUGAAAACGUAGGAAGCCACAUACUAGUAAAAGUACAGUGCCCAGGAAAGUUGUCACUCUUCACUUAAAAAUAUAUACUAGCAAGUCAUGGCCAUGGGCUGGGGAAAGGCAGGAGCUGGAGUGACUGCUAAUAGGGAUGUGGUUUCUUUGGGGGAUGAGAAUGUUCUGGAAUUAUACUGUGGAUAGCUUAGUAAAUAUAUGAAAUAACACUGAAUUUUUAAAAGGUGAAGUUUAUGGUAUGUGAAUUAUAUCUCAUUAAAAAAAACACUAGUACUUUAACAUUUUGUCCAGUGAGAAUGUGCAUGCUUGUUUCAGACCUUCCCAUCAUUUACAAGCAUAACCUCCAAUACGGUGCAAAUCCCUGAACUCCAUAGUUGCCAGCAUUCACUUCCUGAAAUGAUCAGUGAAAGAAAUGUUAUGUAUAGUUUGGGAAGCUCAUCUCUUCACAACAGGUGUUGUCCUUAGGAUGGGAAGUCAGAGUCCUUUGUUUAAUGUGACUAGUGACUCCUCACCAACAGCGUGGUGGGUCUUGCUCUCCUUCUAGAACCUGCAGUGCCUCCCAGAUUUCCCCACUGAAAUGUCUCUAACAGCUGAAGGCGCCAACACUUGACCCUAGAGAAGCCUGGUUUUUGGCUUUUGGUUCUCAGUGGCCUUGAACCAAUUAAAUUAUCCCCAGCCAGAGGUUUGAACUUACCUUGGUUCAUAUAGGUCCAAGUUCCAAGUAGUCUGCUGAAAAAACCUUAAAUAGUAACUUAUUCAUUGUAUUAUAUAAGCUAAUAACAUUCCUUUUCGUUGAAUUAAAACAAUUCCAUGGAGCAGUUUUUCUCCUGUUUAUGAUUUUUAUGAUCAAAACUUUCAUUCCCUAGCUUUGUUUUUUUGUUUUUACAUGAACACUGACCAGAUAUGUUACACACCAAAAUUAUCAAGAGCUUAUAAAGCAUGCCUUCUCUCUAUUGACAUCUAGUUGUUGUUUUUUUUUACUGGAAAGUUUAAUCUAUUCCUGGCAACUCUAUCAUACAUUUCUGUUUAAUGGCUUUGGUCACAGAAAAGAAAUUUACAUUUUUGACCGGAAAAAGCACCUCGCUGAUGGAGUGUUGUCAAACUAAACAAGGGGGUAGGGGGUAGUUAUUUCUGUGCCUUCGUGAGAUGCACAUUUGGCCACUGCGGGUUGCCUCUGUGGCAUCUUUGGAAACAACGUUAGAAAGGAUUAUGUUGACAUAAUGCGACGCUUGUUCAAGUGUUUGGUGCAGUUGCACGAAACUGUGUUAGUGUAGGUGUUACUGUGUUGCCUUUAUUUAUUUUCCCCCAAAGUGUCUCUCUGUAUUUGUCUGACAGUUUGUACAUAGAGUAUAUCUUUGAUACAGAAGCAUCACCUUGGCUUUUGCCUCUGGCUUGUAUGGCUACUACACCCAAAUUGAUUUGGAGAUUGCAUAGGUGCCUUUGAUAGACAAAGCAAUCAUAUUUAUUUGAACCUGGAUAAAUAGUUUGUCAACAAAAUCCAAAUCAGAGACUUAGAGCUCUGGUGAGCAAUCUUCUUUGAAGAAAAGCUACUUAAAAGCUCUUUCAGCUGCAUUGGUGGGAAAUCAUUAUCACCAACAUUUCAUUUCAGGGAAGGUAUUCUCAAAGUGUAUUUUUGAAUAAAAAAAAAUUUAAUGUUUUUAACCUAGACUUAGUGUGACACAUCCACAUAGUCCUGUGCAACUAACUCAUCUUGACUCAGUUUUUCCUUUGAGGGCUUUUAAAAUCACAAUUACACAGUCCUCCUUUUUCUUUUUUUAUGUAUCCUGACACAUUGGAUGAUAUUUUAAUUUCAUCAUGGAAAAAAGAAUGUUGGAUAAGGAGACAUUUUUCACUGUUAACUUUUAGCCUCAUGCAUUUUCAUAAUUUAUUUUUUCCACUUGCUUCUUUAUAUGACAUAUGUGACAUUUGAUUAUUUAAUACCAAAUGUGAUUUGCAUAAACCCAAGUCACACAACCCUCUUGCUGAAGAUAAAAUUGAGGUUAAAAGAUAAAGAUUUAUUUUCAUAUUUGUACAGUGAUAGGCUUCAGAGUGAAGGCUUUUGUGGGCUUUUAUUGUAUAUGUGUGUAAGAAAUUUCAUUUGUAUAUAUUAAGUAGGCCUAUGAGUAUUGAAUAAUUGUUUCAUGAUUUUGAUUUAUAUGGUUUACAUUUUCAUAGUAUCGGCCGUAUUUCAUUUAUACUGUUUAUUUCUCUUCAAACCAUUAAUAAUUAUACCAUAAAGUGUAAUUUUUAUAGCAAUGCAAAUGUCUAAGGAACUACAAAUAUUUUCUGCAUUGUAAAUUCAAUAAAGCAUGCUUUC